AUGAGUUCGUCGCAUGUACCGACUAGCCCGCCUAGCGACGGUGAAGGUCCAAGAACCAUCGUAUACGAUUCGAAUGACCCGUUCUGGCGAGAUACCGAGGAUGACGAUGACGACAUGGACUAUCUGCCAGCAGAAGGUGGCAGCGAUGAGGAUGAAGACGAGGAAGGCGAUGUUAGCUUUCAUGAUGCUGCCGAACGACUGGGUAACCUCAGCGGGGUCGAGAUCGCCUUCGAGUACACUGACGACAACGGCGAAGACGAGGAUGAGGACGAGGACGAUGAAGAUGACGAUGAAGCUGAAGAGGGCGAAUCCUCGAAUCCUCAGCGGCCGGUAUACAUCACUCGCGAACAGAUCAUGCAACUACUCGGGCAUGCGGGACUUGGCCGGAUUUUCACAUCUGACUUUACACCACGAUCUGCGCGACGACGAGCUCGCGUAGAGGAAGACGAGGACGAGGAGGAAGGGGAAAGCGACCCUAGCACAGGACAUGAUCCCACUGGGCCUCGGAGGACUUCUGGAAGAACGCAGCGUCCGCGAGGUAGAGUGACAUUCGAGAAGGUACCCAGCGAGCAGGGUAGGGCGCUCAUGAAUGCCGGCAACUUUGGAUCCAAUCCACGGAAGGAAGACACAAUCAACCGGAAGAAGAGGCUAGCAUACGAUAUCAUGCGGAGAGAGCUGGGCCUAGGCAGCGACGGACGUCAGAAAAAUGCCAACAGGCUGUUGAAGCAAGACAUGAUACCAGAGUCUGUCGCCGAUACCAUCAUACACUACAAUGCGCGAUGUUAUUCAGGGCAAUUCUCGGACGAUGGCAAUUUCUUCUUCUCGUGUGCGCAGGACUUCCGGGUGCGAAUGUACGAUACCUCCAACCCAUACGACUGGAAGUACUACAAGUCUGUGGUGUACCCCUAUGGACAGUGGACAAUCACAGAUGCGUCUUUGAGCCCAGACAACCGAUUCUUAGCAUACAGCUCGAUAAGGAGUGUUGUGUGUCUAGCACCUACCGAUCCAGAUAAUGAGGCAGAACCGAAUCUCCUUGACUUCGCUAAUAUAGGUGGCUCUAAUGCCCGAGGCUUUCACACUAACUUUGGCAUUUGGUCGAUACGAUUCUCAGGUGAUGGUCGAGAAAUUGUAGCUGGUACGGGCGACAAUUCCGUCUACGUCUACGAUAUUGAGCGGCAACAGUCGGUCUUGCGUAUACGGGGUCACGAUGAUGAUGUGAAUGCAGUUUGCUUUGGUGACUCACAAUCGCCACACAUAUUAUACUCUGGCUCCGAUGACACAACGCUCAAAGUCUGGGACCGACGAAGCAUGGGUGACGGCCGCGAAGCGGGUGUUUUCCUCGGCCACACUGAGGGCUUGACCUAUGUCGAUAGCAAAGGAGACGGUCGGUAUGUGCUUAGCAACGGCAAGGAUCAGACUGCGAAGCUAUGGGAUCUGAGGAAGAUGAUGUCUAAGGAAAAGGCUGACCAGAUUGAUCCUAAUGCUUACACGACGCGUUUCGAAUAUCGGUCCAAUGCUUACGACGACACUCUUUACCGGCCUCAUCCACAUGAUUGUUCCCUUGUAACCUUCCGUGGUCACAAGGUUCUCAAGACACUGAUCCGAUGUCACUUUUCGCCACCCGGUAGUACAGAUUCACGAUAUGUCUAUUCAGGCAGCUACGACGGUUCCGUAUACAUCUGGAAUCUGGACGCAACCCUAGCCGGCAAAGUCAACGUCCUGAAAGCAACUAAAAAUUCUCGACCACGGGAUCCUGAUCUGCUAGCUGAGACGUAUGAUUACUGGGGAAGAAAUGGAGGACGCUGGAUGACAUGUGUCAGAGAUGCGAGUUGGCAUCCACAUGCGCCGAUGAUUGCCGCUACAUCGUGGAAUGGAUGGGGUACUUCACAGGGAACAUGCACUGUCCAUACAUGGAAUGACGGCGUGGAAGAAGAUGAAGCAGAACCUCAAGUUGGGCGGAGAGUCAACGCGCAGUUGCAACACGAUGAACGACUGUACAGAAGUGCCGAAGGCAGGUCGAGACGACAGCCUAUGUGGUACGAUGACUGGAUGGAUAAUGAUUGA